GAAUUUGUCCACUUCUUCCUUAAAAUGAACCACAUCAUAAGGAAUCAGUGUUCCGUAAAUGUAUUAUUCUGUAUGGAUGACAUCAUAGUUGCAUCAAGCUGAUAACAUCUCGCAAUGAUUUUUAAAUUGGAUUAACGUGAAUCUAAGCUUUCGCUAUUGUUUCAAUUUACACAUCUCCUAGGAUUAUAGAUGAUAGUAGUGCUGGUCCUUCAAUCUUGCACGCUCAAUUACUCUUUUCGCCGUACUGCAUUUUUUGCUAACGCAAUAAAGUUAUUAAUUUUUCUGGUUUGAAGAUACCAAGUACCACUAUCGUCAGACCUGCCGCAGAGACAACAUUGACGCGUUAUGUUUUUCGGAAUAUUUUUGGUUUUGGUCGUGGUUGACUUCUGUGCUUCAUACGACAACAGUAGUGUAUUUUCGGAUAAAAUUGGUGUCAUGGGUAAAUCUGCUUUUUCAAAUCGUCAAAGCAGACUGAUUUCCUUCAAUACAUUAGAUGAUGGUAUAUCUGUAGAAUUGGAUUUCACGGUACCUUUUAUAACAAUCCCCGUGAAGAAGUCGAUGGCUUUAGCUCAAGGUUCCUUAGCUAAUAUCAAUGUGGGGGCAGUCAUUCUUGCAGGAGGUUUGGUUGUAGGGAUCUCCCUAAUCAUGCCCCUCAUUUUAACCUUUUUCUCCAAGCAACACAUUAUACCCUCCCAAUGGAAACCAGGUUAUAGAAAUGCCGAGGAUAGAUCAGAAAUAUGGUCCCAGAUCGAAAACAUCUUAUCCUCCCAGAAGAUAGAUCCAACAUCAUGCAUGCAGAAAUAUAUUUGUUCAACAAUAAGUCAGUCGCUCAUGAAUAUCGAGAAGGGAGCAGCCUCCAGCAGUGACAAGAUAAUUGAUGGUAUUGCUAGCAGUCCGUGGCUCACAGAACAGUUGCAUGGUACAUCUAUGUAUUUCGCUUUGAAAAAUGGUUUGGGCAAAAAUAACUGCAGUGAUACCUACAAAAGUUGUGGAGUUUCUGAGGAUUUGUUCGAGUCCACGUUUGAUGCCUUACAGAAAUUCGUUUUGUUUGGUUAUUCCAAUUUGAAAUGAACCGAAUAUUUGUGAUCAAUUUGAAAGCAAAUGUAUAUAAGAAGUGAGAGAAAUAAAAUAUUGAUUCCGUUGUCGA